UUGCAGUUUUGCACGUCACUUUCUUGAGCUUUCUCUCUCCCUCUCUCUCUUUCUGCGACUCCCUUCCUCAUGUGGGGACAAGGAUGAAGGGAACACAGAGCUUAUUCUCUCUCCUUGCAUCUCCCUUCUUCAUCUUUUCAAGACUAUGAUCUCUUUGCGUCUCCGAAUACUGCUCCAUAGUGAACCGAGCGAAUAGAAAUACAUGAAAAGUAAAAAAAACUCUGGCUUCUGCUGAUGAAAUGUUUCGACUCUCAACAUCCAUCUAGAUCUCAUGCCAAAACAAGUUUCCUUUCCCCAGCCCACGUUCCGAGCUGGGAAAGGAAAAACUAGAGAUGAAUCGGGCUGGAGAAAAGGGAAUAAGCGAAAACCAGGAUAAUGCACCAUGAAAGCUCAUCAUUUGAGCUUUUUUUUUAUCGUCUCAUUGUUUCUGUCCCUCGUCGUGCCAACUGCAAAAGGGGUCAAUGCCACCCAAUUCCGCACCGUCAAUGAAUCUCAGUCAAGAAGAAUUCUGCACCAACCUUUGUUUCCGGCGACGUCUGCUCGACCACCAGCCACCGACUCGCCUCCGCCACCGCCACCUUAUACUACUCCACCUUCUCCCAACACCGACAUUCCCUUCUUUCAUGAGUAUCCUGCAGGGCCACCUCCAAAUCAGAAUCAGCCACCACCUUCAGUUCCCAACGGCACAAUUGCAAACCCAACGGCAACACAGCCGACCAAGCCAACAAAGAAAGUCGCAAUUGCAAUCUCGGUCGGAAUUGUCACGCUUGGCAUGCUCUCAGCCCUUGCGUUCUUCUUGUACAGGCAUCGGGUGAGGCAACCGAUCGAGACCCAGAAGCUCGUUGGUGGGAAUUCUCAGAGGAUUCCAGACGAUCCGAGGGUGCCACCAUCGAGCUUUCUCUACAUUGGAACCGUGGAACCGGGCCGAACGUCGGUGAUGGAGCCGAGUGAGACCAAUGGAGCAAACAGGUCCCCUUAUCACAAGCUCAAUUCUAUUAAGCGAUCUGAACGAUACCGUCCCAGUCCUGAAUUGCAGCCAUUGCCGAUGUUGAGUAAGCCUCCAGAUGAGAGUCACCCACCAGCGGCGUCUUCAUCAUCCUCCGACGACGAGGAAAGUCACGAGACGGUGUUUCAUUCCCCACAGGGGUCAUCAUUGAGUUACGAGGAUAGCUAUUACACCCCUGUUUCGCGUCAUAGUUCUUUGGCUAAUGGUGGCCCUGCGCGUUCUGCCAGGAGUGAGACGUAUUCCGCUACUUCAGUCCCUUAUUCAAAGAGAACUUCACCGAAAUCUCGGGUUUCAGCUACAUCGCCGGAUAUUAGGCAAGUCAUGAUCCCACCAACUAAGCCCAUUCUGUCUGUUACGGCACCUGCUCCGCCACCGCCGGCACUACCACUUUCACAACCGUAUCAGCAUCUGGACAAAGAAGUGACCAACGGUCCUUCCAGAAGACCGAAAUUCUCAGCGCCUCCGCCAGCGCCUGAUUUGACGCGUCUUCAUUCAACCAACAGCGCACCCCAAAACACAUCAAGGACUUUCCUCCAUCCUCCCCCUCCCCCUCCUCCGCCUCCGCCACCGCCACCUCCACCGCCUCCACCACGGCAAUUGACGCCACGGAAGACUGGGUCUCCAGCAAUCAGUAUGUCCUCUUCCUCUGCAUCAAGGCACCAACAAUCUUGCUCUCCAAACCAUGGAGCCGGUUCUGCUAAUGGUGCAACAAAACCUUUAGAAAAUGGUGAUAAAAGUCUCAGCUCUUCUGGGAGGCUUGAAGCCGAUGACAUAGAAGGAGCAAAACCUAAGUUAAAGGCUCUGCAUUGGGACAAAGUACGUGCGACCUCAGACCGCGCUACGGUGUGGGACCAACUAAAAUCAAGCUCAUUUCAAUUAAAUGAGGACAUGAUGGAAACCUUGUUUGGCUGCAAUUCCACGAAUCCCGCCCCUAAAGAGCCCAUUCGAAGAUCAGUUCUUCCACCAGCUGAAAAAGAAAACAGAGUGUUAGACGCUAAGAAGUCUCAGAACAUAGCUAUACUACUGAGGGCACUGAAUGUGACAAGAGAUGAGGUGUCUGACGCCCUUCAAAAUGGGAAUCCUGAAGCCUUGGGUGCUGAGCUUUUGGAAACUUUGGUAAAAAUGGCUCCCACUAAGGAGGAAGAAAUAAAACUAAAAAACUAUGGCGGUGACCUCUCAAAACUAGGGUCAGCUGAAAGAUUUCUUAAAACAGUGCUUGAUAUCCCGUUUGCCUUCAAAAGAGUUGAAGCCAUGCUUUACAGAGCCAACUUUGAUGCGGAAGUUAACUACCUGAGGAAGUCUUUUCAAACCCUUGAGGUAGCAAGUGAGGAAUUGAAAAAUAGCCGGUUGUUCCUCAAACUCCUUGAAGCUGUUCUCAAGACAGGAAACAGAAUGAAUGUGGGCACCAAUCGAGGUGAUGCUAAAGCCUUUAAGCUGGACACGCUUUUAAAACUUGCAGACAUAAAGGGAACGGAUGGAAAGACUACAUUACUUCACUUUGUGGUUCAAGAGAUCAUUAGAGCUGAAGGUGUAAAUGGUGAUUCUGCACAUGAAAAUGUUCAGAACCAAGUGAAUUCCAAGUUCAAUGAGGAUGACUUCAAGAAGAAAGGAUUGCAAGUUGUGGCUGGGCUCGGUAGGGACCUCAGCAAUGUCAAAAAAGCAGCAGGAAUGGAUUCUGAUGUCCUAAGCAGCUACGUCUCAAAACUUGAAAAGGGUCUUGAAAAAGUGAGAGUAGCUUUGCAGUGUGAGAAGCCAGAUAUGCAAGGGAAUUUCUUCCACUCCACGAAGCUAUUUCUGGAAAACGCUGAAGAGGAAAUCACUAGAAUUAAGGCUGAUGAACUGAAGGCCUUAUUUCUUGUGAAGGAAGUUACAGAAUACUUUCACGGGGAUGCAGCCAAGGAAGAAGCCCACCCUUUCAGAAUCUUUAUGAUUGUCAGGGAUUUCCUAAAUAUUUUGGACCAGGUGUGCAAGGAAGUGGGAAGGAUGCAGCAGGAUAAAGCUGUGAUCGGUUCUUCCAGAUCCUUCCGGAUAACUGCAAAUGCAUCGUUGCCAGUUCUAAACAGGUACAAUGUGAGACAAGAUGGAAGUUCAGAUGAAGAAAGCUCAUCACCCUAGCGUUGUGAACGCGGAGCAGUUUCGGAGGACAGCAUUGAAAGUAAACAAAUGUCGUCCCACUCGUAAUUGCCUACAUUUCAGAAUCAGAUUCAUUCAGUAUAGAAACUUUAAGGAGAGUAUUUUCAAUGCCAAGAGAAUCCAUAUUCCACCCGUGAGUAAUGUAAAAGAAAGAUAGCUUUAUCCAUCAAAUGUCGGGCACAUGGAUCCUUGAGAUUGAACAUCAAUCAGUUCAAAGCAUACUGAGACCAUAAUAAUUUGCACACUGACCACCAUCUGAGGCUGGAUUGGAUUUCCUGAUAGCAAGUGAAAGAGACGCGUCCUUUUCCCCCUCCAUUCCACGACACGCCAUGGUUUUGAUUAGAUCAGAGUCCCACACAUUUUCCAUAUUACAGACUUUUUUGGCUUUAACCAAGAGGUUCUUAUAUGUAUUUUUUAAAUCAAUUAUUUGCAAUAAUAGCAAUUUUGCAAGCA